UUCCGCCUCUAAUCUCUGCAAUAGCCGCGCUUCUCUCGCCGGCUCAAGGUUGGGUCGAUCCUCGCCGCGGCUCUGGAUUUUUCGCUCGCUGUUCCCGCCAGAAACUAUGUCGCCGGUUCCUUUGCCAUGGAAGCCGUGGGAGAAAAAGUGAUUUCAGAUGCUCGAGCCUGAGAUCGCGGUAUAAAGGACGGGGGGAAUACAAAAAUGAAGACGUUGGUGCGCCAUGGACUGGCUGUGUCUUUAGCGCUCACCACCAUGUGCACGAGCUUGUUGCUUAUGUACGGCAGCAUCGGGAGCGGAGGCAGCGGCGGCAAUGAUGGUGCCGGCGGCAGAAGGGCCUUGAAAGAGCAAGUUCAGCAGCAGGUGGCGGCGACCACCCCACUUCAGAAGCCGGACAGCCAACAGCCCUUCAGUACAGCCUCCCCGCGACCCUUUCCCGGCCUCGCCGACCGUCUUUUGGAAGGCUACAUCAGCGUCCUGGAUCACAAGAUCAUGCUGGAAAGAAGGAAGAAAUGCACAACAUACAACAAUGUUUUUUUGGAGAAAAUAAGAAUUAGGACUUUGUCUUGGCAGGUUUCAAUUGUCUAUGGAGAGUCUCAAUCAUCCAGGUCAUGGUUGUCCCAAAGAUGCUUUUUCAAAAAGCCUUUGAAAAUGCAUUGUACCAAUUGUGCUCUAGUCACAAGCUCUGGACACCUUUUGCGAAGCCAUCAAGGGAAGAAGAUCGAUCAGACAGAGUGUGUAAUACGAAUGAAUGAUGCACCUACACGGGGAUUUGGGAAAGAUGUUGGAAACAAGACAACCUUGCGAGUUAUAGCUCAUUCCAGUAUUCAGAGGAUUUUGCGAAAUCGCAAUGAACUAUUAAAUAUGAGUCAUGGAACUGUAUUUAUCUUCUGGGGCCCAAGUAUGUACAUGAGAAGAGAUGGAAAAGGAUUAAUUUAUAAUAAUUUGCAACUGAUGAAUCAAAUACUACCUCAGUUAAAAGUAUAUAUGAUAUCUCGACACAAAAUGCUUCAUUUUGAUGACCUCUUCAAACAGGAAACUGGGAAAGACAGGAAGAUAUCCAACACUUGGCUAAGCACUGGAUGGUUUACAAUGAGUAUUGCGUUAGAGCUGUGUGACAAAAUAGACGUCUAUGGAAUGGUGCCACCAGAUUUCUGCAGGGAUUCCAAUCAUCCUUCAGUACCUUAUCAUUAUUACGAACCAUUGGGACCCGAUGAAUGUACAAUGUACAUUUCACAUGAACGGGGAAGGAAGGGAAGUCACCAUCGCUUUAUCACAGAGAAACGAGUCUUUGAGAAUUGGGCCCGGACUUUCGAUAUUCACUUUUUUCAGCCAGACUGGAAACCAGAAGCACUUCCUGUCAAUCAUGCAAAGAUUAAAGUAGUAUUCUGAGGAAUGAAUGCACAAGGCUGUAAUCACAAUCACCGACUGUAUCAGGUUUCUUAGGAUUGAACACCAUAUCGCAGCAAGCCAAACUGAAAAAAGGAAGGUUAAUAGGGUUUGCAGAUUUUAAAAAAAGAAACCCUACUACAGUAUUCAGGAAGUUGUUACAAAAGAAUACCGAAAAAAGGUGCUUGGUAUUCAGUAUUUGAUUAAGCAGAUAUUUUCACUUCUGUCUAUUGCAUAUGUAUAUGUGAUUUGUUAAAAAGGAAAGAAGACAACACCUUCGGUAUUAAUGAACGUAAUUCAGGAGAUGUGUGAUUCAUUAUGUUUUUAAGGCACAUUGCCACCGGGUUUUCAUAGUGACAUUUAACAAGUUACUUAGUGGAAGUUUUUGAUGCAAUCCAGUAUUUUUCUAUUUCACAAUGAUACAGUUAUUUAUCUUUCAUAAUCGCUCAAAAACUGGGGAUUUAUAGUGCCGCUGGUUUAAUGCCCAGCUUCUUGUUUAUAUAUUUUCUCUUUGAACUAUAGGAUAAUUCUAUCUGGCAUGUAAUUAAUAUUUGAUCUGGAAGUUCUGUGUUUUGUUUUUUUUAAAUUUUGUAUUCUUAGGCAGUGUUCCAGCAUCAAGCCAUUUUGAGAGCAAGCACAUCUUGAUGGGGAGCUCCAGCUGAGAGUGAUGGUUACAGCUAUAAUAUGUGACAUUAGGUGUACAAUUAAGAGUUAGAUCUACAGUUCCUUAGCUGACUACUUUUGGUCUUUUGGUAUUGCUAAAAAAAUAACCUGGCAACCCUAAUUCCAUUUGAUCCAAAAAUAAUUUGAGCAAAUCUGAAUCUCAAAAGCAUCUCCCCCAUGCCUUCUGAGCUACUUAAAUCCUUCAAAACUAUAUUAAGAAAUGUUUGGAUUAGAUGGAUUAGGUUAGGGGUACUUUAUCUAGAAAUCCAUUCAAUUCACUGGACUUUAUCUCCAAGUAGAUGUGGAUAGAGAGACAGGAUUAAAUGCAAUUCUUUGAGGAUGACAUGGAAAGCUAGGAUUGGGUUGCGGUGGAAUCAGCCAAGGCUGACUGAUGCUUCCUCUGAAAAUGGAAAAACCCAGUCAUUUGUAUAUAUUGGUUUAUGGAUAUGGAGAGAGUGAGAGCGCUGGCCAAUUAGAAAGAAGAUUGUGACCAUGCAUGAACAUCCUGUUACUUUUUGUGGAGUAGGAAACAGAUCUUCUAUUCUGAAGUGCAGUGAAUUCCAUGGAUAUAAAGCUGGUCCUGUCUGAUAUAACAAUAAAAUACACUGGUGUCUUUAAGAUGCUUCGGCACUAUUCAGAUCUAGCAACUGAUCUUGGAUAGCACUAAAUAGUUCUGUAAAUGGAUUCUCACUUGUUAUGUUCCUUUGUGGAAUUAUACCUAGCUUGUGAAUAAAAAGCAUUUCAUUCACAGUGUUAUUUGACCUUGCACAUGACAGAUCAUUAAAGUCAAAUAACUUUUUUAAUCCAUCAAGAAUUAAUUGGCCACUUGCACACUUCCAUACACUUCACAUAGUAAAAUUAUUCCAUAUUUUGAUAAGAGUUGUCAUCAAAAGCUGGAUUCAUUUUAAGGUGUUAUGCAUGGGGGGCAAAUAU